AUGAGCAAUAACACUGGCGUCAAGAACUCUGCUCUGCAUCAUGUCGAGGAUGCAGAGAAGCAGAGCCAACUGGGGAACAUUAUCUCCGAGCAGGCGCAGCACGAUGCCGACGAGCUCGAGCAGAAGUACCAUAUCCCUUUGAAAGCAGUGUUGGAGUCUCAUCUUGAGGAGGACUCCAGAACCGUUCGCAGGGUCAUGCGGAAGGUCGACUUACGUCUGGUGCCCAUGCUCUCUCUGCUCUACAUGUGGGCUUUCAUUGACAGGUCGAACCUUGGAAAUGCAAACAUCGCCGGCAUGAGUGAAGAUCUCAAGACCAACAUCGGCAACCGUUACUCUGUCUUGGCCAUGAUUUUCUUCGUUGGUUACUGUCUCAUCGACAUUCCCGCUACAUUCCUUGUCCGAAAGAUUGGCCCUGCUCUGUGGAUCGGUUCGAUCACAACUAUAUGGGGUAUUGUGACCCUCUGUCAAGGAUUCGUCAAGACCUGGGGCGAACUAGCCCUGUGCCGUGUUCUCCUAGGCUUCCUUGAAGGUGGUCUCGUUCCGGCGGCAAUGUUUCUUCUGUAUAAUUGGUACACCCGUUAUGAAAUUCAGGCUCGCAUCGCCGGGUUCUACGUUAUUGGAAAUGCAUCCAGUGGCCUAGCCGGGCUUCUUGCCUAUGGGAUUGAGCAGAUGGCCGGUGAUUCCGGCUUGAACGGGUGGUCUUGGAUCUUUAUCAUAGAAGGCAUCGUUAGCACCGUCGUCGGUGUCGUUUCCUUUUUCGUCAUGGUUGAUUUCCCAGAAAAAGCCACUGUCAAAAACACCCUUGGCUUGCCCGGUUUUUUGACGCCCGAAGAAGCCGCAAUUGUGCUCGCUCGUGUGGAGCGCGAUCGUGGAGACGCGGUCGAGGACAAAAUCACUUUCAAAAUCGCCAUGAAGCACUUCAGAGACUGGAAGCUUUGGGAAUUCACCCUGUACCUUCUGCUCAACAACACCGGAGUCUACGCCUUCUCGUACUUUCUCCCAGUGAUCUUGAAGGAUGACUUUGGCUACUCCACCGGCAGAGCUCAGCUGCUGACUUUUCCCCCUUAUGCAGCGGGAGCUGCGUGGAUCAUGAUCUGCGCCUUCGUUGCGGACCACUUCAAGAUUCGCGGCCCAAUCAUGCUCUUCAACGCAUCUAUGUACAUUGUCGGGGUGUCUCUGACCGGUUUCGCCUCGAACGUGCACGCCCGUUACGCUGGGGUGUUCCUAGGCGUAAUGGGUAUCAUUGCCAAUAUUCCCACGCAGUGGGCCUACGCUCACAACAACAUGGUCGGACAGAACAAGAAGGGUCUCACCAUGUCCUUGAUGGUCAUGGGAGGUGCUUUUGGCGGCAUCAUCGCGGGCAAUGUGUUUCAGUCCAAAGAUGCACCGGGCUACAGACCUGGUCUCUGGAUUUGUAUUGGGUUUCAGAUGCUAUAUUUCGUCCUCGUACUGAAGAACAUUUUCAUCUUUUACAUUCAAAAUAAGCGAGCGGAUCGUGGCGAGAUCAUCAUCGAGGGACAACCAGGUUUCCGACACACAUACUGA